AUGUCAAGCUCCUCAAAUGAUGAAGUAUAUGAAGUAUUUGAAGAAAUGGUCGACGAACAAAUUGAUGAUUUCAUCGACUCCGUUAUUGCCAACGACCCGAAGAGACGAGUGUAUAUCGAAAGAGAUCGGGAACAAGGACACAAUCAACUAUGGCACGACUAUUUUAGUGAAAAUCCAACAUACCCACCAGAAAUGUUUAGGCGGCGUUUUCGAAUGAACAAACCUUUGUUCCUUCGCAUUGUCGAACGCCUAAAUAAUGAAGUUCCAUACUUUCAGCAACGAAGAAAUGGUCACGGAAGGUGCGGCCUAUCUGCACUUCAAAAAUGCACUUCAGCAAUACGAAUGUUGGCAUAUGGCAAAGCCGGAGAUGCGAAUGACGAAUAUCUCCGACUUGCGGCAAGCACUGCACUUUUAUGUUUGGAAAAUUUCACGGAUGCGAUAAUACUAUUGUUUGGAGGUGAGUAUCUAAGAAGACCUACACCAGAAGAUCUUCAAAGACUACUUGACGCUGGAGAGGCACGCGGGUUUCCGGGUAUGAUAGGCAGCAUCGAUUGUAUGCAUUGGGAGUGGAAAAACUGCCCAACGGCUUGGAAAGUGGAGGACGAACGACACGGAUACAUUCAAAUUGAUACAUCUGAGUUCGAGUCAGGAGAGUCUAGUCGAAGUUCAAAGGUGAAAAGUAGAGAAAGUGUCAAUGUCCCUAUGCUUACCAUUCGCAAUCAAAUUCGGGAUCCACAUUUACAUGAGCGUUUGAAAGCUGAUUUAGUUGAAAAUGUUUGGGAAAAAUAUGGUAAUCAUGAUGAAUAA